AUGAAUGACUUCGAUUGUCUGGAGGAUGGUUUCUGUCCUCUUGCUGCCAAAGUCCUGGCUGCCGACUACCCGUUGCUCCGGUGCCAUUUUCCAGAAUUGCAAGGCAGAUCAAACAGCGAAGUGGACAAAUGGCUCGUGCAGGAGGCAGCUUGGCUCUCCGAAGGCCAGGCUCAACGUCUGGCAGAGGGUGGAGACCACCACCACCUCAUCACUUCCGGAGGGUCACUUCUGGCUGGCUCGCGCAGCGGCAUUCGAGCGAAAAGUGGUGGUCGCGCAGCUACCUUCAUUGUCAGCGAUCAGUAUCGCAUCGACGAGUUGGGCAACUUUCGGGCGAACAUGUUGGAUGUGAAAGGUGUUGGUACUCAUGUCAAGGCGGACAUCUCCUCUGAGAAGGUGACGGGUUUGCUUGGCCUCGCAGAUGCCUUGAGGGAAAUGGCGUUUCAGCGCCUGGUGCAGCGUCUUCUUGACCUGGAAGGUCUCAGUGACGUCAUGGGAACGGUCCCAUACUAUGCAAUUCUUGACACUGGCUUGGUUUACUCUGGCAUCAAUCCUGCAACUGGAUGGACCGGAGAAAGCUGCGUUCUUCUUGUGAGACAAAGGCAGUCGCGACUUUUUGAUGCCUACGAUGGCAUGAACUUCUCAGGUGUCUGCCCUGAUGCAGUGCACUCAGUGGGCUUUGGACGUGAGAUGCGCCGCAUCCUCCACAGCUGGGGUGUCUCUGCUGAAUUCGAGCCGCGAGCAGUCUUCCAUGGCCAGGACGCAUCUGCAGAUGAGGUGCUCCUGUGCGAUCAGAGCGGAACGUGGAAUCUGCAGGCCGAUGCUGCGUGCACGCACUUCAUGGACUUCUCGGACUUCUACGUCUUGCCGAUGUCGCCUUUGCCAGAGCCGUGGCGCAUGUCGGAGGAAGCUCUGAAGCGUGCCUUCUCUCUCGAGCGCAGUGGCACAUCAGACAGAGCCCUUGCUUGUCCUCAGCUCUCGGAGCGCUUGUGGGGUCAUCGUGACAGAGAUUCUGCUGCCGCCGCAUGCUUGGAGUUGCGGCAGACCCUUUCCAAACAGAAGGAGCUUCGAGACGCAGCUGCAGCUGUGGACGACAACGGCUUGAUCCUUCCAAUGAAGCCAAAGUACUGCAUGUGCUGGUUCAUGGAGUUGGAUGACAGUCUCAUGAGUCGCUGGUGUCUUGAUACGGCACGCGAUCAUGCCUCUGGAUCGUUCCAUGGCGGGAUCCUGGAGACCUUGGAGGCCCGGUUCCUUGCCAAGCUUCACCGACGGCGCUUUGAGGCCACAUGCGCAGCUCACCCGUUAGAGACGCGGGUGCAUGUUGUGGACGUUCUGACAAGUGAUGGCCUUGCACUCGGCGUCGGUGUUUACAGCGGUGCCGUCGAGGUACUUGCGCUGUCUGCUUGCAGCAAGGCAGCUGGCCGGCCCGUGAAGAAAGUGUUGCCUGCUUUGAGAGCCUUGUACCCUGGGCACAUAUACGUCCACGGUGGCUACGAUGGUCAACGGCGGCUUCUCUCGAUUGAGCGACUGGCGCCCUUUGGCGAUUGCUGGGAGCCGUUGCCUCCAAUGUCGGAUCGGCGCGCAGUUGUGGCAGCAGAUGUUGUUGGCGGGAAGCUCUACGUCUGCGGUGGUUGGGAUGGUGAGCAUCGCCUGAGCCAAGUUGAGCGCUACAACAUUGCUGCUGGUUGUUGGGAGCAGCUGCCGCCAAUGCUGGAGAGGCGGAGCCACCCUGCAGUGGCCACUCUCUGCGGCAAGCUCUACGUAUCUGGCGGCUUCGACGGCGCAGAAAGCUUGAGCUCUGUGGAGUGCUUUGACCCUUCUACGGGCUGCUGGUGUUGCCUUCCGCAGAUGCAGGUGCGCCGCCGACGGGCAAUUGCCGUUGUCAUGGCAGCCAAGCUUUACAUUUGUGGUGGCUUUGAUGGUGCGGGUCAGCUGAACUUUGCAGAAAGCUACGAUCCGCAGGAGAAAAGGUGGGACAUGCUGCCACCAAUGCUGGCGAGACGUGUGGUCAGUGCUGCUGAAGUCAUAUGCGGCAAGCUGUACGUGUUCGGUAGCGAGGAUGAUGCACGGGUCGUAAGCUCAGUGGAGUGCUACGAUCCAAGGUCUGCAGUCUGGGAGGCGCUGCCGCGGAUGUUGUCGCGCCGCGUUGGUGCUGCCGCUGCCUCUGUGGCCGGCUGCUUCUACGUGUGUGGCGGCUGGGAUGGACGUCAGCGCCUCGACUCCGCCGAGCGGUACAACCCGGCUGCUGCUGCUUGGGAAGCUCUGCCGGCAAUGAGCGAAAGGAGGGAUCGAGCCGCCAUCGCAACCAUCGCCGGCCGACUCUAUGUAUGCGGAGGCUUUGACGGCGAUGCUGACUUGAGGACUGCUGAGUGCUUUGACCCCGGCUCCGGUUGCUGGUUGGCUUUGCCACCAAUGCAGGAGAGGCGCUCCAGCGCUGUCGCCGUGGCAGCGCUGACAUAG